UUGGCUCCGCUUCGCUGGCUCCCGGCUGGCUCUUCCCCUGCCCGCAGCCUGUGGUUUGCGGAGUCGUUUCCCUGUCGCCCUUGCCCGGUCCGCUGGGUCGCCAGCCGCUAGGCGCCUGCGCGGACGGCGGGCGUCGUCACCAUGGCAGCACCCGCUGGAGGCCCAGGAUCGUGGAGUGAAAAUAUAUUGGAAUAUUUUCUGAGAAAUAACCAGAUUACCACAGAAGAUGGCGCUGAGAUCACCUGGUAUCAUGCAGCUAACCACAAGGCACAAAUGAAUGAGGCACUGAAAAGUACCGCUCACAUGAUAGAGGCUGAUGUCCUUCUUCCAAGUGAUGGGGCAGAGCACCGCCAGCCAAUUAUGGCCCAUCCCCCUGAAACAAACAGUGAUAAUACGUUACAGGAGUGGCUGACUGAAGUUACGAAAAGCAAUAAAGGCAUCAAGCUGGAUUUCAAGAGUCUGGCAGCUGUAGAACCAUCCAUGAUGCUCUUGAAAAAUAUGAAGAGGCAUCUGAAGCGUCCUGUAUGGAUUAAUGCUGAUAUUCUUCCUGGUCCAAAUGGAAAUAGCAAAGUAAUAGAUGCAAAACCAUUUUUAGACACCGUGACAUCCUUCUUUCCAGAUGUGACGUUUUCCCUGGGUUGGACAACAGGAUGGCAUCCAGAGAAAGUCAAUGAAGGGUACAGCUGGACCAUGGUGAAAGAGAUGGAAUAUAUAUGUAAUGAACUAAGUCAGCCUGUAACGUUCCCUGUCAGAGCAGCAUUAGUCAGGCAGUCUUGUUCUCAGUUACUUUGGCUGUUAAAGAAAUCAAACAGGUACAGCCUGACUGUUUGGACCGGAAAAAAUGAUAACUAUUCCAUUGAAGAUUUACUUUACAUUAGAGACCAUUUUGACAAAAACCAAGUUUUCUAUGACAUCUUGGAACCACAAAACCAUGAAUUUAAACAAGCCAUUGGAAUCAAAGUUAAUCUCUAAGAAGAUUCUCCUCAAUUAUUUUCUGUGUUUUGGUUUCAUAAUCCUUCUCUGCAUUGGUCUGAAUUAAUUACCAUGGUUAUUGGUCUAUGUUCCAAGUCAUCUAAUCAAGAAACACUUAUUAUGUGCUUGCUUUGUGGGCAUAUGUCCUUAUAAUAGUGCACUUACAUACAAGAUUUGGAAAGAAGAGAUUUCCACAUGUAAGCCGAGUCUAAUAAUAAUUCAGGAAAACGAUACUCUGCACCCCUUUAUAAAAAGUAGUUUUGAUAAACUGAAGAUAUUUGGCAGAAUCUGUAUGUCAUAAAACAGAUAUAGAUGACAUUUUCUUGGCACUUGCAUUGCAGAGAUUAUGAAAAAGAUGGCACUUUUCCUUUUUCCUAGAAAACUGGUUAUUUCAGAGAUAAUCAAAAAGGAAGAGGGCUCUUCAAAUGUUUUUAAUUUUCACAGGGGUGAGCAGCUGUCUCAUAUCAAGAUCUAUUAAUCUGCUUCCUGAAACUAUAAAUUAGAUCUAGAAUUUCCAUAUGAUUGGGAAGCAU